UCCUUAUUCUACACUCACUCAAGCGCAUUCGCAUUCUUACUGAUUUCUCUCCAUUACUUAUAGUAAAGUUAUCUUUUUUUUUAUUUGUCUCAUCAAUCAUAAUGGCCAGUAGCCUGAAGCUUGUUUGUGUCUUGGUUUUGUGCAUGGUGAUGACUGCACCAAUGGCUCUUGCCGUCGACUGUAAUCAGGUGACCAGUGAACUGGCACCAUGCUACGGUUACCUGAUGACUAAUGGUGAGGGUCCUGCCCCGGCAGACUGUUGCAGUGGACUUCAAGCUGUAAACAACGCCGCCCAGACCACAGCCGACCGCCAACAGAUCUGCCAAUGCUUUAAAAAUGCCGCCCAAUCGGCUUCCGGUAUCAACACUAAUACCGCUGCUCAGCUCCCUAGCAAGUGUGGCAUCACUAUUCCUUACCAGAUGAGCGCUUCUACUAACUGCUCCAGCAUCCAGUGAAGUGCAUCAUCUACUGGCGAUUUACUGGUGAAGAGUAAAAUAUGCUAGUA